AUGGACUUGUCAAGCCUGCUCAACCCUGAUAAUGGAAGUUCUACAUCUCAACACGAGCAAGUGGAUACGCAACAGUACAUUGCACAAGCCAUAAUCUACGACGAGGCCCAGAAGCGCAAUCAACGUCCCGGAGCGAACCACCGUUUCACACCAUAUGAUACUAGCCAGCCCAGACGCGUACAAUUUAAGGCAGAAGAUCCCGAGAUAUUUUCGAAUCCCACUCAGGGUUCAGAACCUUUGCCAAAUAAGGACCAGGGAGAGCGUGGCAGCGUAACCGAUGGGUCAUCUUUACCUGCCGGCAUGAAUAUCGAACUUGACCCACAUCAGGAUACGCAGCGAGCGCAGCAGCAGUCUCAACAGGUUCAGACUCAAACAAUUUCAAAAGGCAGACCCCGUUCCAUUACACAAGAAGAAGGCCACGAUUCCGAUUAUGAAACAGAUCAGCCGAGUAUUGAAGUUUCUCAUACUUCUCAGUCCUAUGAAGAGCAGGAAAGGUCCAGAAGAAAAGAUAUCAUGUGGACCAGGGGAAAGAAUAAUUUCGUUCUUGGAAGAGGAGAUAUGGUACGGAACAGGGAUAAGAGGUAUUCAUGGGAAGAUCUCGAGAGGGACUUCCGGAACGAGUUCUGCACUAAUACUACUGCGUCGGAACUCGAAGAGCGCUACUAUGCCAUUGUCCAAGAGAAAAGCUAA